AUGAAUCGCGAGUCAACCAUCUCCCCAGACACACCAAUGCCCAAGGGCUACGGAUUCCUCAAAAAGGGCAAUCCGUUCAUGACGGCGCUCUGCCGCCGAAAAACGCACGAGGCCAGAAAGACAUUAUACAUCGUCUCAAGCCGCGGCAAACAACAGGGGCUCAGGGCACCCAAAUGGAUCAUUCACCAGGUCUUUUCCGAAGAAAAGGCAAGCCGCGAGAGGAGACGAGGGGCCGUGGAGAGGCGUGACGCCGCCACUCAGGAUGCGUUUGCGGCGGCCAUUCUGAAGAGCUUCCCCAAGAUUCCAAAGCAGGAUCUGACGACGAUCCUCAAGCGCACCCUCAGAAAGCGCAGCGGCCGGGUUGGCCGUACGGGAACGCUCGACUCGGACAAGAAGGCACAUCUCGCGGUCCAGGCGCACGUUCGGCACUGCCACACGGACUACGAUAAGCUCACCAAGGAGACCCGGGACCGGGAGGCGGCCAGGAGAGCUAUCCGAGACAAGGUGUCCAAGCUUCUGGUCGAAUGGGGUGGCAAGCCAGCAGCAGUGAAGCCAGGAGGCAACAGGGACGUGGGUUCAAGCGACGAGAUGAGAGAAAGCCGGAAGAGUCGGGCACCUCGAAAGGCCAUGGCCCGGACGACUCAACGCCUUGUUGCACGCAGGUCGUCUGUGUCAAAGGUCAAAGAGCCGCCGAGACAGAUUCGGCCCUCUCGGAGACAUCAUCCACGGCCGCAGCCGCAGCCGCAGCCGCUACCGGUGGUUAUCGACUUGACGCAAGACGAUGAUGGAGACGGCUCCGAAGAGACCGCAUCGGCAAGUCGGGCGUCUUCCGAGGACGAGUACCAGGAUUCAUCAGGGCAGGAAGGAGGCGACGGCUCGUAUGAGCUGUCCGACGCGAUGGAUUCUGACGGAGAUUACGAGGUUGACAGCGACUGGCUGUCUGGCUGA